AUGCAUCCCCUGCACAAUCAAGUCUCCUCGGCCCUACAAACACGCCACAACAUCCCCGUCAACGCGCAGUGGCUCGACACAUUCCUCACGUCGCGGGGCCCAAACCCGCCCCCUCUCCCGGCCCUCAUAUCGACCGCGCACUUCCGCAUUCUCGCAAGCGACAUCACAACCACCGUCUCGCCGACAACUACGGCAGAAGUCCUUCCCGAAGGCAUCAGCGAUGUGAAUGUCAAGGAACGACGACUCGAAGGCAAUGUGAUCGCCCAAGUCCUCGACGUUCUCGACGUGGGCAGUAGCAAAUGGAGCCAGGUCGAGGCCAUCGAGCGGGUCGAGCGCGGCGAGGAGGUUCGCGGACGAGAAGUCAUCCGGACGGUAAAUGGCAUGGGUAAUGACAACGAGGACGAUGUCGCCCGACCAGCUACAGUGGGGAGCACACACGCUCCCUCGUCGAUGACUUUGCCUUCGUCCGCGAGCAAGAAACUCAGCGCCGGCCCUCACAAGCUCCUGCUCCAAGACGCCCGGGGCACCAAAGUGCUAGCUUUCGAGCUGGUCAAGAUCCCCAAGAUCGGACUCUCCACGACGGCGUCGGCCUCUCUUCCACCUUCGGCUCGAAACCUCGGCGGCACCGCAGCAGCAGCAAUUCCUGAAGACCCAGGAAUGUUCAUCGGGUGCAAACUGCUUCUAAAGCCUGACACGGUCGUGCGGAGAGGCAUGGUCAUGCUGACGCCGGAUACCUGUGUUGUGCUUGGUGGUAAGGUCGAGGCCUGGGAUAAGAAAUGGAAGGAGGAGAGGAAGCAAAGAUUGACCGCAUUGGUCAGGGAAGAAAAUGCCGCUGGGGGUAGCUAA